GUGCUCACUUUGCCUGCAGCAAACUGCCAUUCGACGUCAUCCUCAGCAUGCAGCGCAACAUGAGAGCAAAUGCACCAGGCCUGUCCUUCUACAUAUACGUUGUCACGGUAUAGCUCAUGCAGCAGAAGUGAACUCUGAAAUGGCAUCCCGCCGGAGGAUCGAGGAGAGCGCAUGGGUGGCGGACGUCGAGAAGGCGGUGGCCGACGUCCACGCGUCGGCGGAGGAGUCCGCGCGGUGGCGUCGCCACUCCAUCUACCGCGUGCCGGCGUGCAUCAAGGACCUGAACUGCAAGGCAUACCAGCCGCAGGUGGUGUCCCUGGGCCCCUUCCACCACGGCGAGCCCCACCUGCGUCCCAUGGACGCGCACAAGCGCCGGUCCCUCGUCCACUUCCUCCGGCGCGCGCGCAGGCCGCUGUCGGAGUUCGCGGCCGCGGUCGGGGACGCGGUCGAGCGGCUGGAGGGCGCGUACCAGGGCCUCGGUGACGAGUGGCGCGGCGGGGAGAGGUUCCUGGAGCUGAUGGUGACCGACGGGUGCUUCCUGCUGGAGGUGAUGCGGACGGCGAACAGGAGGGAGGUGAACGACUACGCCGACGACGACCCAGUGUUCAGCGCCCACGGCCUGCUGUACACGGUGCCCUACAUCCGCCGCGACAUGCUCAUGAUCGAGAACCAGCUUCCGCUGCUCGUCCUCGACCGGCUCCUCGCCGUCGAGAGCGGCAAGGAAGGGAACGAGGAGUUGAUCAACGGGAUGGUGCUGAGGUUCCUGUCCCCGGCGGCGUGGCCACUGGUGACCGGCGUCGGGCUGGCGCUGCACCCGCUGGACGUCCUCCGCCGUAGCCUCCUUUACGGUCCGACACCGGGCCCGCAGGCGCCUCCGGAGGAGUCGGCCCCGCCGGACGACAUCAUCCGGUCGGCGGAGGAGCUCUACGAGGCGGGCGUCCGGUUCAAGCGCAGCCAGACGAGCAGCCUCCUGGACAUCCGCUUCCGCAACGGCACGCUCUACCUCCCGCCCAUCGCCGUCGACGACACCACCGAGUACAUGCUCCUCAACCUCAUGGCGUUCGAGCGGCUGCACACGGGGGCCGGGAACGACGUAACCGCCUACGUCUUCUUCAUGGACAACAUGGUAGACUCGGCGCGGGACGUGGCGUUGCUGACCGCCAGGAGGGUCGUGCAGAACACGGUGGGCAGCGACAAGGCGGCGGCGAAGCUGUUCAGCGGGCUGUCGAGGGACGUGGUGCUGGGGCCGCAGAGCCCACUGGACGACGUGCACAGGGAGGUGAACGCCUACUGCCGGAAGCGGAGGAACCGGUGGCGCGCCAACCUGGUGCACACCUACUUCCGGAGCCCCUGGUCGUUCCUCUCUCUCGCCGCCGCCGUCUUCCUCCUCGCCAUGACCAUCAUGCAGACCUUAUACACCGUCCUGCAGUUCUACGGCGACAACAGCUAGCUUUUUUUUCUAAAAUAAUUGAUGCAGUUUAUCUUCAGUAUGACUUGCUGUAUCUGUCCAACAAUGCUUUCAAUUUGCGAUAGUUUGUACAUGCGCGCGUACUCCAUGAUGAAGAACUUGUCUGAUUUCGUGAUUUAAGUAGUGUUUGGUUCCGUAUACAGGGUUGUACAUAUAUGGGAUGAUACUGCAUAUGUUGUUAUGCAUAGUUAGAUGAAAGUACCUGCA